GGAAGUGGGUACCACCGGCCCGCAGCUUUCUGGGACUUGUAGUUGGGGGCCCUUAGGCGCGGGCGCGGGUCAGUCUCGGGAAUACUGCGCUUGCAGGUGUAGGAUUCCACGUGGGCGUCUUGCUGGACUGGCUGGUCUGUAUCCUGCAAGGUGGACUUGAUUUUCAUGGCUGUUUCUCUUUCCCUGACGCCACUUUUCCAGGACAGCGACCUUCCAGAGAGGAGGAAAUGACCUAGUGCCAGGCCCUGAUGAAGAUUAUUUAUGAUGAAGUUGGGGAUUGCUAAUAUAGUGGAAUUUUGAAACUCUGGAGAUUUGAAUGAAAAUUCUAUGGAGAAUCUUCAAGAAAAAAGACUUAGGGAUCUAUUACGUAGGGGCUUUUCUGCUGGCUAAUUUUAGAAGAUAUGGCCAGCACAAUAACAGAGUCAGGAUUGUAUUGUGAAUCUUCCAGGAGAAGGGUACAGGAAUCCUGAACUAGAUUUUUCCCUUUGUCAGAAGUAGGGAAAAGCAUCUUCUGUAUUUCUAGAAACAAGAGCAGUAUGGUGACUCUUCAAAGUGAUGAUUAUAAAAACAUGGCAAGUGAAGAAUAUUUGUCUUUGAAAGUCCCAAGCCAAGUGGCCACAAAGGGCUCCUCAGUGACUUUCUGCAAAAAUGAGCCCCAGGAUCCUCAGAAAAGUAAAAGUCUGUUUAUAACUGAAGAAGGCACUGAGAGAAAAGUCUUGGGAGGAGAAAGUCCUCCCAUGGACCAUUGUUCAGAGAACCUUCAAAUUAAACUUUUGUCUGAUGUAACAGAACUGGUCUCGCCAUUGGUCAGUGGUGAGGCAACUUGCCAGAAUGGCCAGUUGAGAGAAUCUUUGGAUCACUUUGACUGUAACUGCAAAGACAUUUGUGGUUGGAAAUCACAAGUGGUCGGUCGUAGUCAUCGGAGAGCUCAUACAGAGGAGAAACCCUGUAACCAUUACAACUGCAGGAAAAGACAUAACAACAGCUCAGGCAGUAAUCCGUGUGAGAAAAUCCACACUGCAGAGAAGCUACACAGAUGUAGUCAGUGUGGUAAGGACUUCAGCGAGCGCUCAGAACUACUACUUCAUCAAAGACGCCACGCAGAAGAAAAGCCCUACAAAUGUGAGCAGUGUGGGAAGGGCUUCACGAGGAGCUCCAGUCUCCUCAUCCAUCGAGCAGUCCACACGGAUGAGAAACCCUAUAAGUGUGACAAGUGCGGAAAAGGCUUCACAAGGAGUUCAAGUCUGCUCAUUCAUCACGCAGUCCAUACAGGCGAGAAGCCUUAUAAAUGUGACAAGUGCGGGAAGGGCUUUAGUCAGAGCUCCAAACUGCACAUUCAUCAACGAGUGCACACUGGCGAGAAGCCCUAUGAGUGUGGGGAGUGUGGUAUGAGCUUCAGUCAGCGCUCCAACCUGCACAUCCACCAGCGAGUCCACACUGGGGAGAGGCCCUACAAAUGUGGGGAAUGUGGAAAGGGCUUCAGUCAGAGUUCGAACCUUCACAUUCACCGAUGCAUACACACAGGUGAGAAGCCCUUCCAGUGCUACGAAUGUGGGAAGGGCUUUAGCCAGAGCUCUGAUCUCCGCAUCCAUCUCAGAGUCCACACUGGAGAGAAGCCCUAUCACUGUGGCAAGUGUGGGAAGGGAUUUAGCCAGAGCUCAAAACUCCUCAUCCACCAGAGAGUGCAUACUGGAGAGAAGCCCUAUGAGUGCAGCAAGUGUGGGAAGGGCUUCAGCCAGAGCUCCAACCUCCACAUCCACCAGCGGGUUCAUAGGAAAGAUCCUAUUAAAUAAGGUCUACUGGAAAGACUUAAACAUUUUUAAUAUCACUCUUCCCUUUAUAUUCUCAGGAGAGAGAUCAUAGGUGAUUCAGAUAUGUUCCCUCACUGAAAUUUAUUCAUCCAUUUAAAGUAUUUAAGUACCAAGCACUUUGUCAUGCUAUACAGAGAACCGAUUGUUCUGGUUCCUCGGAUGGGUAGAGUGAAAUAUCUGUACUUUGCAGUUCAGCCAGUGUUAUUAGAACUGUAUAUCCUACCCCGCAUUUUUAAGUGCAAAAAACUUUAUAUUUGUGCAAGCAGAACAUGUUUCCCUUUGUUCACAUUCUGAGAAAUUGAAACUCUGGUUUCUCUUCAAA